CCUUUCUCCCGGACUGCCACGUAACUGCUGUAGCGGCUCAUCACUGCAGCUGCAACCGGGCUACGCUCACCCACAACCGGGUACACAACCAGAUCAUCAGCGCUUACCUUGACACGAUCACGGGCAGUGAUGGGGGGCUCACAGAGUGUAGAGAUUCCCGGAGGAGGAUCAGAGGGAUACCACGUCCUCAGAGUUCAGGAGAACUCACCAGGACAUCGGGCUGGACUGGAACCUUUCUUUGACUUCAUCGUAUCCAUCAACAACAACAGACUGAACAAGGACAACGACACCCUGAAGGACCUGCUGAAGGCAAACGUGGAGAAGCCGGUGAAGAUGCUGGUGUACAGCAGUAAGACACUGGAGCUCCGUGAAGCUACGGUCACACCCAGCAACAUGUGGGGUGGACAGGGCCUGCUGGGAGUCAGCAUCCGCUUCUGCAGCUUCGAAGGAGCCAACGAGAAUGUCUGGCACGUCCUGGAGGUCGAGCCGAAUUCUCCAGCUGCUCUGGCAGGACUGAGGCCACACACAGACUAUAUUAUUGGGGCGGAUACCGUGAUGAACGAGUCUGAGGACCUGUUCUCCUUGAUAGAGACCCAUGAGGGUAAAGGUCUGAAGCUGUACGUGUAUAACACGGACACUGAUAACUGCAGAGAAGUGGUCAUCACUCCCAACGGUGCCUGGGGUGGAGAGGGCAGUCUGGGCUGUGGUAUCGGUUAUGGUUACCUGCACAGGAUCCCCACUCGGCCCUUCGAGGAGGGAAAGAAGAUUAACUUCCCUGUACACGCUUCCAGUGCGCCCAUCAGCCCGCUGAAGGACGGCUUCACCGAGGUUCAGCUGUCUGCAGUAACCCCACCUCCUGUUUCACAACCUGGUACCACGGGACUUGAGGGCAACCUGUCUGGCCUGUCAAUCAACUCUGCUGCACCCACCAUGCCUACCGAGCUUCGCACAGGUGUGCCCACGGUCCCUCUGCUGCCCACUCAUGUCACCCCGGCCAUGGGUACUCUGCCCUCAGUCAACCCCGCCACAACAAUACCAGGGUUAAUGCCGUUACCCAGGGGUCUUCCUCCUCUACCAAACCUCCCCAACCUGAACAUUCCUCUGCCAGACCUCAGUGGAGUGUCAUUAGCGGGAAUCCCUGGUCUUCAGACCACCACAGGUUUGCCCCCGCUUCCCCCUCUACCCCCUCUACCCCCUCUAAACCUGCCUGGUAUGGCCCCUCUUCCCAGCAUUCACGGUGUUCUGCCCUCCUCCACUUCCCGUGCAAUGCACGUCACGUCCCUGCCCUCCGACCUCCUUCCACCCGCUGGCCCAGUCGCCCCCUCCCUGACAGUCAAUCAGACUCCAGCACUGAUCCUGGACGCUACGCCGACCGCCGUGACGGACAUAUCUACAGAGACGAGCAUGCUGGAGAAGUCAGAGACAAGUGCACAGGCCGCGGCGGAAUCAUCGUAACAAUCUUUUAUCUGCAUCCUGAAAAUCUCUCGCUCUCUCUCUCCCCUAUAUAUAGAUAUAUCUCUCUCGCCCUUCGGUUUAGGAAUUGUAUUUAUUCAGCGUAACACGACCCAGCGGGUAGAAACACGUACACAGGCAUGCGAGGGCACACUGAGCGGGGGGGGACGAGGACACACGGGUGCACGUUGUAAAAGUAGGAUUUGUCAAAAAAAAAUUGUGCCAGUCCCAAGUAACGAUGAGAAGGCUUUUUAUUUAUGAGAUACCAACGCUCACGACUACGCAAGGUUAAUGUCGCACGCUAAGGCAUUCCAUUACGUAUCAAGGUCUGAUUUCUACUGUCAGCACAACCUGCAUUCUGAGUGUUGCAGAAAGGGGGCACUGUAGUGACUGUAUGUGUUUUACACAUGGAGCUUGAGUGUGUUUUUCUCUCAUGUCAUGGCAGAGCAUUUGUGUGUGUGUGGACAAAAUAAUGGAAACACCAAGUGAAAUGAGUGAUUUAGACACUAGCUUUAAUUUGUAGCUUGUUUCCUUGUAUGACAGGAUCUGCUGUGACCCUGACCAGGAUCUUUUGCCCAGCAGCUCCCACUCUGUCAGUCAAAGAGACAUUUUUUUAAAACGGCUCUAAACAAACGCCGUUGAUUGGCUGGUAGAAACGUUAUCUGAGUCGUAAUUGGCUCGGGAUCCAGAAAGAUCCGUGUCCGUUUUGCUAAAAGAAUAAAACAGGAACGUCGGUGAUUAGGUUUUAAUCCACGUUUUUUGAUGAAUUCGUACAGAGUGCUCCUGAUGUGUUUGGCCCCUUUCUCUCUGCUCACACUACCACAGUAACUAGGACAGAAAUAAUAAGAACUAAUACUAGAGCUUUUCGGAUUGAGCGUUUCUUUUCUGUAAUUGUCCCGUUUGCAUUUUAUUUUUGCUUUCUUCUCCUUCAGUUCUUUAUUUCCCUUUUUUUUUAUAGAUAUGAGACGUUAGUUUGGUGUAAUGAAUGAAUCCAGUGUUUCCUCUGUUAGAUGUGAAGAAUGUAUCUAUUGUUGCUGAAAUGAGUCUUUAUAUGAAUAUAAUGAAUGAUUGGGGGGUUAGCAGGGUGUGUCCUCGCCUCUCAGUGAGCUCUCUGCGCUGGUUGGUUUCAGAAACACGUGCACACUAAGUAGAAGAGCGAAUAACAGAACUUCAGUCGGCUUGUGCAACAUCUACACUUGUAAAGAACACAAGCAAUAAAGAGGUUUUACAGAA